AUGAUAGGAAUCAACAUUGGUAUCUACAACUUCAUGAAUCAGAUGAGAAUCUUGUUGAAACAUUCUGGAUCCUCAGAACUUCAAUUCAUUCACACUCUUCAGACUAUUCAAGUUUCACAAAAAUCUUCCCGACCCGUUGAUUUAAUUUUCAAAAAAAGUGUGAAUCCGGUCGACACCAUGAACCAAGUCGAUUUGCGAAUACCACCCAAUUUGCUUUGUAUCACACUAGCAGUUGCCAAGACUACAUGGAUUGUCUUCUUCUUUUUCACAGUUCAACUUCCUUUCGAUUACGAACGUCUCGAUUUUUUCCCAUUCACACUUCUUCGAGUUCUGUGUGGAUUGUGGUUGACUUAUAGUGUACCGUACCAUUACUUGAAAGCCAGAACUGCAGAACCAAUCCAGUUGCCAAAGAGAACUCCGACUGGUCCCAACUGUUCCUUCUGCACAUCAUCAAAACCCCGUCUGACAAGUCACUGUCGUACAUGUGACACGUGUGUUUAUAGAAGAGAUCAUCAUUGUCCGUGGAUGGGACAGUGUAUUGGAAUUCAUAACCAAGCGAACUUCUUCCUUUUUCUCUUCUCCGUAUUCCUUUCGACCAUUUUCGUUCUUUAUGUAGAAUACGAGUUUUGGAUGGAGAAUGUGAAGAUUUGGAUGGAUAAAUCAGCCAGUUCAACUCAAUGGAACUCCAAAGUUGCUGGAUUCAGUUUAUCUAUUAUUAUCUCUCUUCAUCUCAUCAUGCUCUCAUUUGUGAUCACUUAUGUAUUUCUAGUUUCUGGUGGAUUCGGAUUGCUUGACAUGCUGUUUCAAAAAGAAGGAGCGCAGAAAUUGACUCCUUCGAAAAUUCAUCUCCGUUGGAGACAAUAUUUGGUCGUUCGUCGUGAUGAUUCAAUUCUAAGAGCUCUCUUUAUUCCGUCUGAUCGCGUUGUUCGAGAUUUUGAUUUUAUUUAG